GUAUCUUUUUAAUACACCAUUUGUGAUUUGUCAUAGAUUUAGAUUCCUUAUUAUCUAUGCCUAAUGCCUAUUGUAUAUUUUGGAUUUCGAACUUCGUACCUUCUUGACUUUAGUUUUAGAAACUAGACAGUAUUAGUUUUAGGCACUUCAGUAUUAAUAAAUCUUGAAUUCUUGACUCCUAAUCAGACUUAUGAAUUGGUUGAUAAGUGUUUUUUUGUUUUUUCCAAAUUACGGCCUUAGAUUAUAACUCGACUGAAUACUAACUGAAGAACAUUAAUUAAUUUUUGUGUGAACGCUAAAAACAUUCCAUUUCCAGUUUUUAACUUAAAGUUGCACGAUGAAUUCAAACACAAAUAAUAUAAUUAAUUCGAAAAAAGUUUGUACAAAAUUGUAUGUAUUUAUAGUUGUAUUUUCAUUUCUCAGUAGAGAAGUUUACUCAGAAUGGAACACCAGAGAUUAUAUGAAACGCGAUCAUUCACUUUUGAAACCAUACCAAGGAUCUGGCAUAACAGUACCAAACUGGGACUUUAUGGGUUCCACUAUAGUGACAGACAAAUAUGUACGACUAACACCUGACUUACAAAGCAAGUCUGGUUCAAUAUGGAACUCUAUACCUUGUUAUGUCAAUAAUUGGGAAUUGCAAGUACAAUUCAAAAUCCAUGGAAAAGGAAAAGAAAGUCUUCACGGUGAUGGAAUGGCUAUUUGGUACACCCGAGAAAGAAUGAAACAUGGGCCAGUUUUUGGCAAUAAAGAUUUUUUUGAAGGGCUUGCUGUUAUAAUUGAUACAUAUAGUAAUCAUAAUGGAGAACAUAAUCACCAACAUCCUUAUAUUUCAUCAAUGAUUAAUAAUGGGUCUUUGCAUUAUGAUCAUGAUCGCGAUGGAACCCAUACAGAAUUGGCAGGAUGUGAAGUUAAAGUUAGAAAUUUACCAACUGAAACUCAUGUGUUAAUAAGAUACACUGGCAAUACACUAACUGUAAUGACAGACUUAGAAGAUAAAGCAGUAUGGAAACCUUGUUUUACCGUUGAUGGCGUUGAAUUGCCGACUGGUUACUAUUUUGGAUUUUCAGCAGCAACAGGAGAUCUAUCAGAUAACCAUGAAAUUUUAGCUGUUCGACUAUAUGAAGUGGAUUCUGAUGAUCCUAAUGAAGCUCUUAAGGAUCGUUCAAAUAUAAUUCCCAAUGCUAAAAUAUCCAGUCCGCCUAGAGAACAUAUUGAAGACACGAAGAGUCAAAGUUGGAGUGGCUUAAAGAUAUUUUUUAUCGUUCUGUUUGUUAUUAUUUUAAUUGCUGCUAUAAUUGUUGGUGGUGUAUGGUAUUGGGAGUACCAGCAAACUCAGUCACAUAAAACAUUUUAUUAAAAAAAUAUUUAAAUUUUGUAAAAAAAAAAUAAAUAAAUAUUUAUUUAAAAUUCAACAUUGCCAUCACAAAAAAAAAAAACAAUAAUAAAACAAUAAUCAUAUUAGUUUUUAUUAUUAAAAAUAUGAAAACAAAUUAUUACAUACCAUGUUUCACGUAAAUCAAAUUUCAGUAAAAAAUUAGAUCAUUUAUUUAUUUAUUUAUACUGUAGACUCGUAUGUUUGUGUAUUAAAAAUUUUUUGUAUAAUA